UGGAUCUGGGCAGAAAACUAGCUUCCAGAGCUUCAGACUGAGAUGAUUCCGGAGAAAGGGUUGCUGGGGGCUUGGGUGUGCUUAUUAUUCUGCCUCCCUGGGGCCAAUGCAGAACUGACCAGAUACAGAAGGAUUCGACCUUUGCCUGAAAAGGUCCUCAAGCCGUGCGCCUUUCCGUUCGUCUAUGAGGACGUGAGUUAUGACCGCUGCAUAAUGGUGCACAGCGACUACGCUUGGUGCUCGGUGGAGUCCAACUUCAACGGGCAGUGGCGCUACUGCAUCAGCACGGACCCCCCAGCAUGCAAGUUUCCAUUUGUCUUCGGGAGGAAGUUGUACCACGACUGCACCAGGGACGGGUACGUGCUGGGCAGGACCUGGUGCGCCCUGACGCACAACUACAACUUGAACGGGCUGUGGAAACCAUGCUCACCCAAUGAUUUGUGAAGAGGAGCCCUUCUGCCACAGACUAAUCUCCGGAAGAUCUCAGCCCCUCCUCUUAGACCCAUGAGUUCAUGGAGCCCCUGCCACUCCCCAAGGUCUCCCUCAAGGGACACAGGCUCCCAAUGUCCCCUGGCCUCUUAAAAUUUGGGCCCAGCGUUCUGUAACAGUCCCCAAGUCAGAACCUGCACGUGGGGUCCUCCCUCCGGCUCUUUCCUUGCCUGCCGGCACUAUGGCUCUGCUUCUGCUCUCCUUUCCUCUCAUCUGUCCCGCCUGCCCUCAGCCAUACCUGCAAGAUCACCAAAUUUAGGACAAGAAGAGACCUAAGAAACUACACUAAGAAACUAAGGCUGGAAAACAUCCUCAUUGGCUGCAUAUUAAACCUAUGUCCCUAAAAUUAUUUCCUAUCCAAAGGAGAUCUUUCAAUCCCAUCCCCAUCCCUAGCUCCAUUUCCCUCCUCCCUGGGUUUAUAUCUAUUGAGAUGCCCCACAAUGGGAUCCGGAAGGAGCAGAGAGGAGGAGAAACUUGGGUCUGGGGAAGGAUCUCAAUGUUCCAAUUUAUCAGAUCAUUGAUCUCAAUGAGAUAAAUUGGAACAUUGAGUCCAGGGGCCUAAAGCUCUGUCUCAGUACGUGCUGGUUUUAUCCCAAGGUGUAGAAGGGAGUAGGGCGAGGGGACUUCCCCAUUUGCCUCUUGAGAGAAGGAUCUACCUCCAGUAGAGGAUCAAAGCCCUUGAGAGCUCUGGGUUUGCAUCCUGUCUUAGCCCUAAUUCUAGGGGGGGAUUAUAUGCCCUAUUUUUCUUUUCUUUUUUAAAGCAAGCAGCAUGAAACAGAGAUUCACAGUUUUAUAAUCAAUCCUCUAUGAUCCACAGCAUGUGUGAUGAGACACCUUUUUAUUGUUCUAAAGUUCAGAAUAAAAAAAUCGAAAGAAACUAAA